GCUUUUAGGAAGCGGUCUGAAGUCACGAGUUAUUGGACGGAGAUGCGCAGUAUGUCUGAAUUGAGGCAUUAUUAAUGAACUACGCAACUUCUAGGCAAAACCCGCCCUUCAAUAGCUUUCGCACGUAGUUUGCUGCACUAGAGCAAGGUACGCGGGGGAAGAAAAGAAAAAGUCUACUUGUAGUGUAGGCUAUAGACAGACGUUGGUCUACCAUAAUGUGCUGUGGCUGAAACAUGUAUUGCUAUUAGAAAAAAUAUCGUGAAAAAGCUCGAAGGACAAGUUAAGUUUCGUUUCUCCCUGGCAGCGUCACCUGACGCUUCAUCAUGGCCGACAUGGACGAGAGUCAGUUUUCUCUGAUGAGUCUGGAGGAUGAACUGACCUGCAGCAUCUGUCUGAGUCCCUUUGACUGUCCGGUGACCAUCCCCUGCGGACACAACUUCUGCCAGGAAUGUCUCCUUGACACCUGGAAGGAGGACCCGUACAGCUGUCCUCAGUGCCGGACCCUCUUCGACACAAAACCGGAGCUGAAGAAAAACACGGUCCUCAGCACCGUUGUGGAGACUUUCAAGAGCGAGACCGGCCUGAAAGAAACGUCCGAGGAGAGUGAUGAAUCCGAGGAGGAGGAGGAGGAGGAGGAGGAGGAGGAAGAGGAGGAGGAGGAUGUCAUACGUUGUGAUACAUGUAUGGAAGCAGAAGCGUCCCAGACCUGCCUCACCUGCAUGGCCUCUUUCUGCGAGGAGCACCUGCGGCCUCACCGGGAAAACCCGAAGUUUAGCGUCCACCAACUGAUCGAGCCUGUCGGCGACCUGUCGGAGCGCAUCUGCCCGGACCACCACAAGCUGAUGGAGCUCUUCUGCAGCCAACAUGGCCGGCCAAUCUGCAGCCUCUGCCUCCAGCAGGUCCACAAAGGCUGCUCCUUCAUUUCUCCAGAGGAGCAGAGGAACAUGAAAGAGAUUGAACUCCGAGACAAGUUGGGUGUGCUGGAUGGGAAGAUGGAGAAGACUGAGACUGUUAUGUUUCAAAUCAAUGACCUGCAGAGAAAGCUGAAGGACGCAGCAACCAAAAAGAAGACAGCAUAUGCAGCUGUGUACCAGCAGAUGCGGGAUUUGCUGGCCCAAGAAGAACGCGAGGCCCAGCAUGAGGUGGACGGCGAGCUGGAGAUUUGCCAGACAAAACUUCGGGACUUCAUGAAGAGAUUGACUGAGAAUAUGGACAACAUGACCAAAGCCAGAGAAGAUGUCAACAGUCUGCUGAGUGAAUCCCAAACAGUGGCCUUUCUGCAGGCGUCGUUUGACUUGCCUAGGGUUACAAAGUUUGAUCCUCACACCCCUCGAAUCAACCUGGACUCCAAGAAGGUGACGGCAGCACAGGCCUUCUCUGCUGCCCUGAAGGAGCAUCUGACAGACCUCCUGAAACAGCCGCUGGACGCCAGACUGCUGAAACUUAAACCAGAGCUUAAGACUGGCAUUGUUGCGCCUGAUGAAAAAGCAGUUCCUGUCUCAGCACCUGCAAGUACUGGAAGUACUGGAUCUCAGCCAGAAUUUGAAUUACCCGAACCUCCGCCGCCCGUGUCCCACAGUCCAGCCUGUCCCCCCAUGCAGCCGUAUUACCAGCCAGUUCCUGUUCCUGUUUAUAUGGGGGGUGGAUUCCAGCCUUCACAUGGAGGCUGGAACCCAGCCCAUCAUCCACCAGGCCCUUAUAGGGGGCCGCGGUUUACUGGAGGACAAAAGACAAACCCUCAGAAAUAUCAAGUACAAAAAGAGAAGAAAAUCGUCUGCCAGCCAGCUCAUAAAGCCGUCCCAAACAAAGCUGGAGAAUCGGGCAACAGGAGCCAUACUGUCAAAAACAAAGACAAGAAAAGUGAUGCCAGUCACCAACCCUCCCAAAAAAAAGACAAAAGGCCUAACCCUAAGCCAGGAGGAAAUAACCCAGGUGCUAAAGGACCUGCUUCCACUAAAAAAGACAAUCCCAGAAGCCAUCCUCCAUCAGAGAAGACAACCAAGCACCAUCCACGGCCUAAAACUAAGUAGACACAGCACACGCAUUCGCUUCUGCAGUCCUGAUACAACGAGGCACUGUUGAGCUCCAUUUUCAUGAUUUACAAGUCUUAUCAGUCGAUCACAUGAUAGGGAAUGGCGCUGUCGCGUUGCUUUUUCAGUGCUUAAAUAAACAGCACACACACACUUUGGCGCUUGUUUGCAUGACUUUGAAUAAUUGUCAUUAUGGAUAUAUGCUGUGUUUUGUUCUUUUUUGUACAUAAGGACAAUAUAUGUUUUGAAUUUGUUGCUUUAAAAUGAAAAUUUUCAAGCAGCUUGACUUUUGUAUUUGUUUAAAUGGUAAAUGAUUAACCCAUCCCAGUGUACGGUAAUUAUGUCAGUGGGAUUGUUUUAUGCUACCCAACAGGAGCAUAUGGCUGCUAUGAUCUCUAGGCCUGGGUAUCGCCAAUGAUUUCCCAAAUCAUUCUCGAUGUCUAUUAGGUUAGGAUUUCAGAUGAAUUAAUCGAUAGAUCACUCAAAAAACUAAAAAAAUGAUUAUUUUAACCCAGCCCUUAUGAUCUCUGACCAGGGAUCAUAGCAGCAGUUUCUUCAAGUGACUUAGAAUAGACCUUAAUUAAAACACAGACACAUGUGGCUUGUAUAUGAAAAUAUUUAUGGGAAUGUCUUCAAAUCACUUCAUUACAUUCAGUUCAAUCAAAAAUCUGUUGGUUUUUUUCGUAACAAUUUCACCAAACCCUAUUUACUGCCAUUGUGUAAACAGCUGUUUUACAUGAUUGUUACCAAUAACAGCAUAUUCUCUCCCA